AUGACCAUCCUGAAUUUCUCUGUUGAAUAUGACGCCAUCAACAGCCACAACACCUUCACCAAUGGAGAUACCAUCAAUGGAAGAAUCAUCGUGGAGGUUUCUAAAGAAACUAAAGUCCAGUCUCUUGUUUUCAUAGCACAAGGAAAAGCUCGGGUUGUCUGGCAUGAGUAUUACGGGCAAAAUAAUCACCGCGUUUUCUGGGCUGAUGAGAAAUAUUAUAAUAUCAAGCAUCAUAUCCUGAGAGAAGCAAGACAAGAUGGUACUGAAGUCAUUGGCAAAGGAAGACACGUGUUUCCUUUUUCAUUUAACAUUCCUGACAGAAGAAUCCCAUCAUCUUUCAAAGACUGCACUGGCAAAAUCGUUCACAAGUUGAAGGCUGAGCUCAAACAAUCAAUGAAGCUGACAAAGAAGGCGAAAUCCCACUUCACGUUCCGCUCCAAAGCGGACAUGGAUGUUCCCGGACUUCUGGAACCCCAGUAUGGCUCCAAGGAUAAAUCUCUCAAAGUUUUCGGCUCUGGAAAUGUUUCUAUGGACAUUCACACUAAACGAAUGGGCUACAAGCAAGGUGAGAAUGUCAAAGUCAUGGUUGAAAUCGUGAACCACUCCAGUCGUUCGGUGAAGCCCAAAUUCAAACUGUACGAGAAGAGGAGUUUCUUCGCCCAGGGACACAGGAGAGUCCUCACUAAAGAGAUCCUUAAGGACAAAAUUGAGGCUCUUGCAUCUUCGAGCAAAGACACUGUGACCAAGGUGAUGUCCAUCCCCAGAGAACUACCCGCCUCCAUCCUGAACUGCUCCAUCAUCAAGCUUGAGUACAGACUGAAGGUCUAUCUGAAUAUCAAAUGUACCAAAGACCCAGUGAUCAAACUCCCCAUCGUCGUCCUUCCUGAAGCUCCUACAGCAACAGCAACAGCAAAACAACAGCCUGCGUCCGCUGCUUAUGGAUUUGAAGCAUUCGGGAACCCAACCCAACCGACCUGGAGCACCACACCCCAGCAAGCAGCACCCCGACCCUUCGACCCCCCACCUCCCUAUGAAGCAUAUGCAAUGCCCCCCACUGCUACUUAUUCUGAAAAAAAUAGCUCUUUGUUGUAGAUACCUCCCUUAAAAGUAACAAGCAGGCCAUUUAUUUAGCUUUGCACUCCUUUAUUGUGUACUGACUUGUGAUGGACACAUUUUUCAACAGUGCAGUGUGAGAGUUUGGUUAGAGACUCGGAUGUGAAGCAUGUAAAUAGACAAUGAUGGCAGCUGACCAGUUCCUCUGGUUCAGGAAGCCGGGGAUCAUGGGUAAUAUCCACCAUUCCGUUGGGUUUCAGUUCAGUGAACCACGCAGUCAGAGCCCCGGUCAAUACAUAGAUAGGUUUUGUUCUUUUUUUUCUCAUUCUUAAUCCCUUGGACACAUCAUCCAACAGAAUGACAUGUGGCUGCAGGGGGCGCUGUUGCUCAGUAAAAGAACUAAUUAUUGUCAAAUUUAAUGUGCAGGAACAAUGCACAUGUAGAAUGCACAUUGAUGUAGAUAUGAUUGCUGUAGAUAACAACUGUUAACACUUUUUAUGAAGCCCAAAGAGUUCACUGUUCAAUAUUAGAUGAUUAUGAAAUGCAACUGAUUGAGUCUUUAACAUGUAUAAAUGAGGCUUUAAGUUUUAAUGUAAUGCUGUGUUAUGAAAUGUCAUAUUUACUAUUAUACUUUUUAAGUAAAUUUUCUUCCCAGUGA